AUGUGGCUGAAAACGGAUUAUAUUGAAUUGCCAGAGCAGGAAAAGCUGUGUUCACGUCCUAAUACGUCAUGUUCUUACAUCCACAAGCGGAUAGGAUUGAAUAGAUAUGAGAGAAGAUUAGCCGUUAUUACGGAAGAUGGGCAAAUGGUAGUUUAUAAAUACUUUUUACUAGGAAUCACAGCCGGAUUACCACUAAUAGGACGAGUUUAUGAUUUAACUCAGCUGAAAGACAAGAAAAUCAGAUUUGAAAAGAAGGCAAUACAUAUCCGUUUAUGGACGAAAGACAAUAAAAAAAUCACGUUUCGUCUUGCUUCACCUGAAGAGCAAAUUUUGCUUCCAGCGUUUCUGGAGUAG